GAGGAGAGCUGGGGCCCUGGCAGCCAUAGCGCUUUGCACAGCCGGCUCAGAGCGUGUAGGACGGGCACGGAGCAGGGUUGCGUUCUCUGGAGUCGCAGACCCUGUAAGAUCUGGAUAUGUCCUUCAUAUUUGACUGGAUUUACAGUGGUUUCAGCAGUGUGCUGCAGUUUCUAGGAUUGUAUAAAAAAACUGGUAAACUGGUAUUCCUUGGAUUGGAUAAUGCCGGGAAAACAACGUUGCUACACAUGCUGAAAGAUGACAGGCUUGGCCAGCACGUCCCAACACUACAUCCCACUUCAGAGGAGCUCACUAUUGCUGGCAUGACGUUUACAACUUUUGAUCUGGGUGGGCAUUUGCAAGCCCGAAGAGUAUGGAAAAACUACCUUCCUGCUAUCAAUGGCAUUGUAUUUCUUGUGGAUUGUGCAGACCAUGAAAGGCUGUUAGAAUCAAAAGAAGAACUUGAUUCACUAAUGACAGAUGAAACCAUUGCCAACGUGCCUAUCCUAAUUCUUGGAAACAAGAUCGACAGGCCUGAAGCCAUAAGUGAAGAGAGGUUACGAGAGAUGUUUGGUUUAUAUGGUCAGACAACAGGAAAGGGCAGUGUGUCACUGAAGGAGCUGAAUGCCCGGCCUCUGGAAGUGUUCAUGUGCAGUGUGCUAAAAAGGCAGGGCUACGGGGAAGGCUUCCGCUGGAUGGCGCAGUACAUCGACUAGCAGCGGCCGGCCCACACUUCCAGCCCUCAGACCCAUCCCCAACAUGCAUAACUUGAAUUCAAUAGACUUUUGUUGGUUUCAGAAUAGGUGUUUUUAGAUUAUUAAUAUAUCUACCUGAGUGGGAAUUGCAAACUGAUUCAAGUUUGAAUAUCACAAUGUUAGCUUUCUAAUUCCACACAGAUAGUUUUUACAGUUUCUAACCCCACAUCAACCCAUCACCGUUUAUAAAGACCAGCUUCCCAUCGGUACAUUUGAAGCACUUUUUAACGAUGUGAGACUACAAAUACAAACCAUAUUUAAAAGCUCAUCAUGUGAAACUUUUAUGUACUUUUUGGAAAUAGUUUUUCAAUUUAGAUUGUCUGCCUAUCUUGUGUACAGUUAAAAUCCGCUUAUCAGUGAUUGCAUGAUGCUUUACUGUUUUCAAGACUUUUUCUUAUGCAAACGUCAUGCAAUAAAACAAACUCCAACGUUUGG